CACAUUCCUCCUCCCACUCUCUCUCUCCUCUGUAUAUAAGGUGUCCCUGCAUAAUUGAUUCAAUAAUACAUUAAUUUUAUUAGUAUUUCAGUCUUCUCCAUUUGUCCACUAUUCUGGGAAGGUUCUCUCUUGCAUUUUCAAAAGAGGUAACUUCCUUUCAUCUCUCUCUCAUGUUCUGUCCAUUGGUUUAUUAGCUAUAAAUAAAGGGUACCUAGUUUGGCAAAAUCAGUUUUCUCUAACAAACACUACCUUUUCUCUUCUCCACAGAAACUUUAUAUCCAACAUAACACAAUACGGCCAUUAAAGGUAGACAAAAACAAAGAAGAGAGAAAUGCUGCUUAGGAGUUCUUCAACACCGGUUCUUGGUUCUCUCCUCUCUUCCUUCUCGGAGAGUCCCAUCCACCAUUCUGACCCACACACCACCACCACCAAAUCCCCAUCAGCCACCAAUCAUCACAAUCACAAUCACAUUCACAACAAACUCUCAUUUCACCAAAAUGGAUCGCUAAAUUUCACCACAUAUUCAUGCAACACCUCUCCCAUCUCUCCCGUCAUUCCCGAAUUAUCCGAACCCAACCUGCAUUCUCGCAAUGGCUUUCCAAGAGCUCAGUCUGAAGGAAACUUGGAAGGCUUAGUGAAUGCCUCAUGCAACCAUGAUGAAUCCCAUAGUACAAACCCACACAAGAAAUUUUCACGUCGCGCCGUGUUGCAGACAAUCCCAUCUUUUUCGUUCCACAAUUCAGAAAGUAGGUACGAGGAUGAAGACAGUGACGAGGAGGAAGAAUUGAAAGAAUUGGAGGGAAAUUGCGAGUUAUUUGAAAAUUCCAAUACGGGUGAAGAAAGCAUCAUGGCUAUGAAAAAUGGUGAGUCGCAUCUGAGUGAGAAGAAAAUUGUCAUGAAUCGGGAAAUGGCACUUAUGAAUAAAUACAGCCAUGGUUUUGAAGCGGAUAUAGACGGGAUUAAUACAGAGAUGUAUCUUGCAACAGGGCUUGGAGUAAAUGUUGCUAAUAGUGGUUUUGGUGGUUCUGGUGGUGGGGAUUUUAUACCAGUAGCCUUUGGCAGGGAUGGUGGCGAUGGCACCGGCCUUGAGCAACAUUACAAGAGGAUGGUAGAAGAGAAUCCCGGCAACUCUUUAUGUUUGAGGAAUUAUGGUCAUUUUCUGUAUCAAUUGAAGCGGGACCUUCGAAGAGCUGAGGAAUACUACUCACGAGCAAUACUGGCAGACCCUAUAGACGGUGACGUUCUAUCACAAUAUGCUAAACUAGUAUGGGAGCUCCAUCAUGAUCAAGAUAGAGCGACAAGCUAUUUUGAACGAGCAGUCCAAGCUGCUCCGGAAGACAGCCAUGUUCAAGCAGCAUAUGCUAACUUCCUUUGGGAAACAGAAGAAGACGGGGAUGAAGAUGGUUCACAGAAUGAUCGCCGCCAUGUUAUAUCACAACCUUUCCAUGUGGAAGCCAUGGCUUCUCAAACUGGUUAAUUAUGGGAGCUCUGCUAAUUGGUAGAGGAAGAAUCUGAAGAUGCAUAACAUUCUUGGCACGUGUUUAAACUUAAACUAGGACCAUUCUCAUCUUUUUAGAGAGAUGUUAAUAUUAUGGUUGACAAGGAAUAAAAUGUAGGAGAAAUGUGAUUAGUAAAUCAGGUAUUUUUUGUAAUAAUGAAGAAUUAAACUGUUCUUAUGCCAC